UAUCUGUCUUCUUUCGUAAAUUAAAGAUUAUCAUAAUAAUUUUAAUUAAUUAAUUUAACUUAUGAAUCAAUUACAUAAUUAAUAAUCCAACCUCCUCUAAAUUCAAUUUCACCCAACAAACCACACAAUUUCUUCUUUGAUUUCUCUCAUUCUCAUAUCUAUUCUCUCAACUUCCAAAACCCCUCUUUCUUGUUCUUGCUUUCAAAACAGUCUUUGCUUCAUAAAGAUGAUUGCUUGAUUGAUUCUUGUGUUUGUUUGUUCUUAUAGAGGCGUAAAAGAAGAUAUAAUUUGGUAAAGAUUAAGUCUUUUUUAUCAUUCUUUUUCUCAAGAACCGUUUCAAGAUCUUCAUCUGUCUUCUGAUCUUUUUCAGGGUGUCAUCUUCAUAAACCAUUGUUAAUUCUAAUGCAAGGGCAAAAAGGUGCUAUUGGUUCAUCACCAGAUGGUUCAACUUCAAGUGAUUCGGGUGUCGUAGAGCAGCAAAUACGCUGGGCUAACUUCAUUCGGGGCCCGCCAACCAACACAAAUCAAGAAACCCGAAACUUAACUAUGUGGAGCAUGGGUGAAUCAAGUUCAAGCUCCGUGACGAACAAUGCGGGUCCCUAUCACGAGCCACUGGCAAAUAUGCUUUCAUUGGGUGAUGCUAAUAGUGGUAAUCAUCAUCUUGGUCAUAAUGUUACUGUAAACCCGUCGACGUUUAUUGGUAUCAAUCCCUCAAAUUACGCUAGUAGUAGUUCGUCUUCCGGCCCGUUUGAGAUGGAGGCCCGUCAACGACCCUGUAAAAGAAAAGCAGCUGAGUUGACUAUUGGUCAAUCGUCUUCCGGGAUCAUAAGUUCAAGCGUAUUUCAAAAGGGUAGUAAUGAUAAUAACGGGCAACUAAAUUUAGUUUCAUCCGAUCCGAUUAUUCCAAGACCUGGACCGGUUAUCGGAGGAGUUUUUCCCGACAAUCGUGUUGCGGACAACAAUCGUAGAAAUGUUCGGAUAAGGAUUAAUAAUUCCCGACAACAAGAUUCAUUGCCUGUUAAUGGUAACAAUAAUCUUACCGGGCAACUAAAUUUUUCGUUGCCGUAUCCUUCUUUGGGACUUAACCCUGUUGUAACAACAGGGGAGAGUUCAUCAAGUCAAGAUGGUCGACGGAUGUUGCGGGUCCCGGCAAUAAGAAGAAACCCGCAAGUAACUUCUAGAAACAGGAGUUCUAGCUCAAGAGCUAAUCGACCAGCUUCAUUAAAUAUUAUUGGCGGUCAAGGAGAUAACUCGAGAACAAUGCCAACAAAUAUUUCAGAUCAUCCUUUAUUUGUCCAACCACAUGACUUACGAAACCCUGCUCAAACUGCAAUUAACUGGAAUCUGAAUUCUAGUGGAGGGAACGGGAAUGGGAAUGGGAAUGCAACCAACAACGGUAACAACGGUCUUGCAUCGACAGCGAACGCGGGUGCUAAUUCGGGCCCACGUCAUGGAGCUUCAACUUAUUCUUCAAGAAGACUCUCUGACGCUCUGCGAUGGUCUUUGUUGUCGUCUAUUGACUCCGGUGGUGGUGGUGGAGGGCAAAACGGUAAUCUUUUCGCUAGAAUUCCACCGCCUGUGGGUACUUCGGCUUCUUCUUCACAAGAAUCUGGAAUCCCGCCUGUAAUUGGUAUCGCAGGUCAUCAUCCUCUACAUCAUCAUAUUUCCCACUUACGGUCGACCGAUAGACAGCUUGAUGGUGUUUACGGAUACCCUCAUGUGGUACGUAACGUGGCUGGUGGAAGUGAAAGAAGAGGCAGGAUAGCAGAGAUUCGCAAUGUCUUGGAGCUUAUACGCAGGGGAGAAAACUUGCGAUUUGAGGAUGUUAUGGUGCUAGAUCAAUCAGUCUUCUAUGGCAUGGCUGGUAUUCAUGAUCGACACAGGGAUAUGCGGCUCGAUAUUGAUAACAUGUCCUACGAGGAGCUAUUGGCAUUAGAAGAACGAAUUGGAAAUGUGAACACUGGAUUGACCGAAGAAAAAGUUUCUACUUGUUUGAAACAGAAAACCUACGCGAGUGUAACAGGUCAGCCGGAUGCUGAACCUUGCUGCAUAUGUCAGGAGGAAUACGUGGAUGGAGAUGAAUUGGGAGCGUUGGACUGUGGGCAUGAUUUCCACACGAGUUGCAUCAAACAAUGGCUGCUUCAGAAGAAUCUGUGCCCGGUUUGCAAGUCGACAGCUUCUAAAUGAGCGGGUUGUUGUUGAAGAUGACGGUUGCUGCUUCGUUGGAUCGAGAAGAAUGAACAAAAGCGAGGUGGAUUUGGUAAUGUUUUUGAGGCAAAUAGUAUUCUUUGGUUAAUGCACUUUCCCUAGAUUAUCAUUCUGAGUAUUUUUUUUUUGUAUUUUCUCAAUGUCAUUUUCCCAUUUAUUUAAAUUUACAAUUUUGUUUUUGGAGGAUAUUAUGCCAUUAUGGAAUCAAAAGGUGGAACUAAUGCCAUUUUUUUCAA